AAAACAAAGAGGAUUAAACCGAUUGUAAAUAAAUAUUUUUCCGAAUUUCUGCAAAACAGAAAAGAUUAUAAAACCUUUGAAAAUUCAUCAAAAUGUAUGGAAUAAUGUUGAAAAACAGCUCAUCAUUCAAUGCUUUAUCAAGAUUGACCAUAAAUAAAAAUAAAUUCAAAACUUUACCACCAUUGCUGACUACAAGAAACUACAGUGCAAGUGAAGCAAAAGGAACAUCUAAAGAUAACCGCGACAAUCCCGUGAAAUUUAUAGGAUCGGAAGCACAUUCAUGGGAUGCUAAAUUCACUCGGUCGUCUCCAGAUAUUGAACAAAUUCCCAUAAUUCAACCCAUCAGUGUGGUUUUGAGCGUUGGCAUUUUCUUACUUUACUUUUGCGUUCUCCGAGAAGAAAAUGAUAUUGAUCUUGAGUUUGAACAAACUCUAUAUCAACGAGUACCAGGGAUGGAAGAAACGCAACUUAUUAUCAACUAUAAAUACAACAUUGAAAACCAAAUUGAUAAUACAGAAAUAAUAGCACGUAUGCGAGAAUUGGGAAUGAAGCCAGAAAAUAUUGAAGUUUAAUGUAGUGUUUUAGGAAUAGCUUAUUUAAAAUGAUUUAAAAGAAAAAGAAUAAAGUCAUUUGUUGAAAAUU